GAUUUUGAUGGGGCUAGUAUCCAAAGAUAUUGAGAAAUCUUUAGCAAUUCUAAUCUGUUUAUGAACCACCCAAAUUCCUCUUACCUUAUCCAUUCUUUCUCCAUACAAACACUCUUUUCCCCACCCCCACUCCCCCCAUCCAUUUCUCAUCUCAUCACUUUCAAUUUUCUCUUCCACUCAGGCACCAUUCCAAUGGCUACAGCCUCCGCUACCCUCUCGACGGCCAUGUCCUCCGCCGCCCCCAUCUCCGCCGGCUCAAGGCGGCAGAGGCAAACCAAUGCCCAUUUUAUUUCUGGGCUUAACUCCUUUAGUGGCUUGAAAGCUCACAACAAUGUCGUCUCCUUAGGCCUUCCCGUUUGUGCUGAUCAAUCAUUUGCAAAAAUUGUGAGCUCUUUGAAAUACCCAUCAAAGGGAAAGGGGAAAAACGGCGGUGGAGCUCUUUCUUCCACUUGUAAUGCCGCCGGUGAGAUUUUCAGGAUUGCUGCCAUUAUCAAUGGCCUGGUUCUUAUUGGUGUGGCUGUGGGGUUUGUUCUUCUUCGGAUCGAAGCAUCUGUGGAGGAGGCAGAGUGAAAAGCUACCAAAAAUGGUUGAUGAUGAUGAGGAUAUUGGUCGGUUAUCUGAAAUUUGUAAGUUAAUCUACUUUUACCAGUUAUUGUAGAACUCAAUUGUUUCCAUCAGUCAAAACAAUUGACAAAAUUCAUUUUCCCUAUUUCUUUGCCCUGCUUUCUCAUUACAAAAUAAUGGCAUUGUAGUAUAUUGUUCAUCUGCUUGAAAAAAGAUGCAUAUUCUUGUAAAUUCUUUUUGUGCUGCUUGGAUCAUGAGAAGAAUAAGAAAUGAACUUUCCAGGCAA